UUUAGUAAUUGACUAUGCUGACUGGGAAUUAUGGGAGUCAAAAGACCAGCACCUCUGGAGUUUGGCUGCGUUAGAUGCUACAUUUGACUUGUAACAUGUGGAGACAAAUGACCAUGGAAACAGUUGAACCACAAGAUGGCAGUGCAACAGACUCUAUUACAGAAAGUGAUUCUGCUAACAUGCAAUCCCCAAUCGGCCAAAAUCAGAUCUCCACUAUAGCUCAAGUUUCUGUAGCAGGAUCAACAACUGGAAGAGGAUCUCCCUCUGUAACUGUAGUGCAGUUCCCUUCUGGUCAAACUGUCCACGUACAGGGAGUGAUUCAAGCUACACAGUCUUCGGUAAUUCAGUCACCACAGUUGCAAUCUGUUCAGGUAGCGCCAGCUACAAAUGCAGAUGAAUCUACAGAAUCCGAGGUGGUAAUUGAUUCUCAGAAGCGGAGGGAGAUACUUUCAAGGAGGCCUUCGUAUCGAAAAAUUCUGAAUGAGCUUUCUUCUGAUGCACCUGGCGUUGCUAAGAUUGAAGAAGGAAAACCAGAGGAAGAAGGAGCACCCUCUGGAAUUCCUGCCAUGGCUGUGCCAACCAGCCUUUAUCAAACUAGCACCGGGCAGUACAUUGCUAUAGCCCAAGGUGGAACCAUCCAGAUUUCCAAUCCAGCAUCUGAUGGUGUUCAAGGACUACAAACAUUAACGAUGACAAAUUCAGGAGCUCCUCAACCUGGUGCUACGAUUGUACAAUAUGCAGCUCAAACACCUGAUGGCACUCAACAGUUCUUCGUACCUGGGAGUCAGGUUGUUGUCCAAGCUGCUACAGGUGACAUGCCAACUUACCAAAUCCGUACUCCAACCACAGCCUUACCUCAAGGAGUCGUCAUGGCAGCUUCCCCAGGAACACUGCAUAACCCGCAGCAGCUAGCAGAAGAAGCAACACGUAAAAGAGAACUAAGGCUUAUGAAAAACAGGGAAGCUGCAAAAGAAUGCCGACGAAGGAAGAAAGAAUACGUGAAAUGUCUGGAGAGUCGUGUUGCAAUGUUAGAAGUUCAAAACAAGAAACUUAUAGAAGAGCUAGAAACUUUAAAAGACAUUUGCUCUUCCAAGACAGAUUAGUGUCGAUACUGAAACUGUGAACUGAGUACAGCAUGUACAAAUGCUCCUGAAGAAAAUGUCUAGUCAAAAGAAUUAUGACUUUUCCUUUCUAUCAUUUGUAUUCUACUCCACCUCUAACAUUCCUGAAACACUCUGCUGCUUUUUCUAGAUUAUUAAAUGAAACUUCACCUCACUUUUUCUCACCCAGAAAGAGUCAAAUAUUUUAAAAACACAGUGUAUAUCCCAUGUUUAUGGAGGAAGCAUGUGUAAGAGCUGCUCCUCUACCUAUUAUUUGCAUUAUUUUCUUUAUAUUAGUAUCCCACUUGCACAAUACUUUAAAUUGAUCAAAGAUAAUCUAACACAAUAAAAUGAAAACCACCCAAAGUAUCUCAGGAAGAUGUUAUAUAAACAUGUGCGUUGCUUUGACGUAUGUGUUUUAGAAUACUAGUUUACAAAUGAAUUUAUGGCAUAUUUUUGUAUACAUUGCUUUGUUAAGAAAAUAUUGUAUUGCUGUCACUGAGUGCCAUGGUUGAAACUACUUUAAAUAGAACCAUGUUGCAUAAACUUUGUAGUGUUUGGUAUUUAUUUAAUCAUCUAUUCCAUAUUUUUAAAGAAUAAAACUAAUGGCAUAUGCUGUGAAAUAUUUUAUUAGACAAUUUACUGUCUCUUAUAUUUCACAAGCAUUCCCCAGAAUUGUCUAUGGAGAUUCUCAGUCAUCCAGGUCAAGGUUGUUCCAAAGGUGUUUUUCCCCAAAAGGCAAUUGGACUUCCUUGGUUUUUGUUUGAGUAUGUUUUGCUUCUCAUCCAAGAUGUUUCUGUUAAAGCUUUUUAAAUGAGAACGGAAAAGGUUUUUGGGAUGAGAAGCGAAACGUCUUCAAGCAAAAACCAAGAAAGUCCAGUUGCCUUCUGAAAAAAAGCACCUUUGAGAUUCUCCAGAAUGAUAGCUAACACUCAUUUUAAUAUAUAUAUAAAAUCUGAUAAUAUUCAAAUCUUAGACUUUUAUGUUCUCGGAUGAAGCGAGAAUGUGCAAAAUAUUGAUAUCAUGUGGUAUUACAUGGGUUGGUGAGCUAGUCACCCAAUUCUAUCAUAUGUGUUGAGAUUUUACAUUGUACACAUAUACUCCCCCCCCCCCCAUUGUUUUGGCAAUGGAGCUCAAGAUGUUCUAACUGUUUAUUGUAAUUUGACUUACAUCUGUCUUAGCCUGUAUUGUGGCUAUAGUAUAAUUUUUAUUAUCCCCCCUCCCCCCCUCAAAAAAAGCUUAUUUUUUUUCUAGAAACCUUGCACUAUGUGUAGGUGUGAAGGACAUCUUGGGAAGCUGUGGCUGGGAAAAGAAAUGGUUGUCUAUUCUGUCUUUUUGACAAAGUCUCAAUGAAGGCAGGACUUCUGAUGCUUUUUUUUUUUUUUAGAAAGUAAACAUAACUUCAUGCUGUCAUUUAAUGCAAUACAUAUUUGACCAAAAGAUUUUCUGAGUGUGGAAUAAUAGUAUGGAGUCUGUGCUGACAUAAGCAAUUCUUCAUGGUUGUUAUGAAUGAUUAUAAGGGAGGAUAUCCUGUUCAGUGAUAUAAUAAUACUUCCUUUUACCAUGAUGUCAUACUUAGGCAGUUCUUAACCAUUGUAGUCAGAGCAGUUACAAUAAAUCUGCCAACAAAUCUA